AUGCUCUUUGCUGCGACUGUGGUUCUUGUCCACGCCCUCAGCGUGGCAUAUGCUCUCAACUAUGCUGGUGCCAUCCAGACCGGCGUCGUCGGCCUCGACCCUCGUGGCUGGUCGCCCGUGCCGACGCCGGCCCCAUACUAUCACCUCUAUCGCCGCCGGCUGCAGAAGAAGGACCUGACAGACACAUGUGCCUUGGUCAAUGACGCGCCGCUGACCUGUCCCUUGGGCCAGUACUGCGCCUACAAUUCCGGCAUCCACUUCAUGGGAUGUUGCUCGGUCGACGCGGCUGGCAACUUCGUCAGCGAUUGCUUCUACACGACCAGCUGUGUCGAUCUGGCCGCAAGUUCCUCUAUCUGCGGAACGUCCACUGGGUGCCUUGGAGUGCAAGUGGGCGUCUGUGGGGGAAACACGGAUUAUCCAGAAUGCUUGACCAUCGUGCUCUACUAUGGAGCCAUUGACUCCUACACGACCUAUCGGUGUGGUCCGUCAGCAGCAUUUGUGAGUGCAAGCGUACCACCCCCAUCGUCUUCAACGACAAUAGCGACGACGCCUACUAGCACACCGGCAACGACGACCACUCCUCCUCCUACGACUAACACACCUUCCCCCUCGAGGACAUCGUCCUCUCCCCCGUCAACGACUACCUCACCUACCAUUACGUCCUCUUCUGGACAUAGCCAUACUGGUGCGAUCGUGGGCGGCGCGGUGGGCGGGGUGGCAGGUGUGCUGAUCAUCGCUGGCAUCAUUGGGUUCAUCAUCUACAGGAUCCGCGUGAAGAGACGUGAGGCAGAGUACGCCGACGAUGCGCCAGAGAUCCCUGGUACCGCCCAUGUGCCCAAAUAG